AGGCUAGGGAGGAGCAGCAGCGGGCCAGAGGUAGCGAGCACAAGACCAUCCGACCGCUACGACCACUAAUAUUAGUAUCGUCCGCUAACGGUUUCUGGGACCAAAUUUGCUUCAAGUUGCCGGCCGGACGGAUUGGAAAUCCUGCAGCGAGCGUGGCUUUGAACCUUUACUCUUUAGCUAGGUCAUCGUGCCCUCGGCCUCUCGUGUGUCAACUGCAGCAUACCGCUACUUCGACUGUCGCCAUUGCUCGACAAUCAGACAUCACAACUGAGAGGUUGUGCGGAGUUGGCCCACAUCCAGUCAUUCCAGCCUAACACAAUCCCCCGCUCAUCGCAACACGAACUUUGCUGAGCUUGUCAGUCGAAUCCUGCAGUGGAAAAAAGUUGAUUGUGUCUUCGUGGUUGACUGCACCUUGUGCACCGGAGCUGUGUUCGAGAUCGUAGUACAGCGCUAAACGUGUUGGUGGCUGCAAAUUCCAUUAGCACGUCUUCUCGUCUUCCGUUCCUCUCUGUUCUUCUUCGCAUCUUAAUCUCUCCUGCCAGUCGCAGUCAUGGCGGGAACGCAUCCCGCGACGCAGUACUUGAUGGCCGCCGUGGCGCUGCUGCUGCUGCUUGUCGGUGGCCGUGUGCACGCUAGGACGGUGGGAGCGCCGUACGGGGCGUGCGACACGAUGAUGCCAUCGCACGGUGCCAACCCGACCUCGGGCAAUCCGGGAUACUCCUUCUCGCACAACAUGUGCCAGGGGUAUCAGCGCAAUACGCUGUAUGACAUCAUUGUACGCGGCCCGGUGUUCAAGGGUUUCUUCUGCCGUGUGCAGAGGAAGGGGAGUACGGUAGCGCGGGAUGCCGUCGGCGAGUGGGAUCCACGUCAUCUACCAUCGUUCACCCGGCAGAGUUCAUGCUCACCACCGUCGAGUGGUGUCACGCAGCUGUCCACCGAGACGCCGUGGAGUGAGCUGCGCUUCAAAUGGAGAUCACCGUCCACUGACAGAGGAGUGUUGCAAAUUACGUGCACAAUUGUACACACAUACACAGUUUUCUACCCGACUAUGCGUAGUGGUGAUAUUCACUACAACCCCACCGCUACUACAUCGCCAGUGCGCUGCGGCAGUCCGUCCGUGUACUUGGUCGCCAAGCCACCCGCCGUGCGCACCCCACAGCCAGCUCCUUCCAACACAGGCAAUGGUGGUGGUGGUGGUGGCGCCACCUGCACACAAACAUGUCCAGCCGGACCGCGCGGACCACCGGGUUCGACCGGCGCUACCGGUCCAGCUGGUACCAAUGGAGCACGUGGAUAUCCAGGACGGGCUGGUGCGACUGGAGCCCAAGGUCUUCGCGGAUAUGGGAUAAAGGGUGCGGCGGGAUCCACGGGACCAGCAGGACCACGAGGAGCUACAGGGCUCCGGGGUUACGCAGGACCAGCAGGCAACCGCGGCUCGAAGGGCGAGCGUGGCGUUGCCGGUCCACGGGGCCCACCAGGUUAUUCGGGCACAGUCACCGGCGGUACCAGUCAGGUCUCCGUGCCCGGACCAAGGGGACAGAAGGGUGAACCAGGCAACGCUGGUCGUCCCGGCGCGAAUGGUAGAGCGGGAGGCGUGGGCAGACGGGGUCAGCAAGGAGCCCGGGGCCAAAAAGGAGACACGGGCACAACCGGUCGCGUUGGCCGACCUGGUGUGAGUGGUCUGAGGGGCCCGGAAGGUCCCCCCGGCCCACCCGGGGGAGCAGCGUCCAUCGCCGGUCCCAGUACGGAAGCCCUGCAGCAGCGUGUCGCCGCAUUGUCCACAUCGGUUGACAACAUACAGACGGAGACGGAAACCCUCGUGAGCCGCGCCGAGAUGGAGAAGCAGCUGGGUGCAGUCAAGGAAAGCCUGUCGGCCAUGAAGGAGGUGAUUCGCAGCCUGGAACUGAAAGUGCGACCACGACCAGUGCCUGAUUGCCCGGAAGUACGCUGUGGCCCACCACCCGCACCAUCAGUGGACAGUGCAGUGCCACAAGGCUGUCAGUGCAGGAGCAGGUUUGGAGUGGAGAACGGAACUAUUCUCGAUAGGCAGAUGUCUGCAUCCUCGUAUAUCGCUGGUGGCGAGGCUCAUGAAGCACGACUGCACACUGGCGAGGCAUGGAUCCCAAGAACAGUCAAAGGUUCAUAUCUGCAGAUUGACUUUGGUAAGGAGAAGAGCAUCACAGGUGUAAUUGUGCAGGGCAAGUACAAGAGUACAUACUGGACGGUGAGCUAUGCCGUGCACGUACUCGGCGUCGACAACACCUGGUCGCCGCUGACCGAGAACGGAGCACCCAAGAUGUGCGAGGGCAAUACCGAUUCGUCGACGGCCGUCAUCUGCGUACUGGACUGCACUAAUCCGGUGCAAACAAGUGCUCUUCGUAUUCUGCCGCAGACCUACAACAACUACGUAGCCAUGAGGGUGGAGAUCAUGGGAUGCUCUGGCAGUACUAUCUUGGCGUAGGCACACGUUACAGGUCCUGUGCGUCCUCCUCCUGCUGCUCCUUCUGCACUCAUUUUCCCUCGGAAUGUGUCGCAUCGGUACAUCUCAACUUCACCGUCCGGCUGUGUGUUGGGUGGAUGAGACGAUCGACUCUUCUUCCAGUUUUACCAUUUCCGCCCAGGUGCACUUUCCAGCCACUUGAUGUUCGAUAUGAAUUUACAUCAUUAAGCAUUUCAAUUAGUUCCUAGGAUUUUUCAUAGUUCAUGACCACAAGCCAUAUUAUUACGGAUUUCAUUAUUCACCCAAUUUCAAUUGUCACAUAAAUAUACAUGUAUGAAUGCUGUGCAUCAAACACCGAAGAACUUCUGAAGAACUUUUAAAAUCA